UAUCACAGCUAGCUCUUUUAGCACGUCGGCUAGCCGUGUGACGCCGCUACUCUCUCCCGGACGACGCUCUGCCGCAUCGGGGAACCUCGAUACACUCGAUCCCCGUGUGCUUAUUGCUUAUUUCUGUACAGUAGCAACGAUCGUGGAUGCAUUUAUAAUGAUAUAGGUUAAAUGAUUGGGUCUUCAUAGUUUGAUCUUGUUGUGUGUUUUGUGACCGGUUUGGCGGGACUAGAUCGGGCUAACAGUACGGGGAGCUAAGGCUAAGUGAAUAGAAGGAAGCUAACUCUGCUAGCUUAGCAACCUACCGCGGCUGUCAUGGAAGACAAAUCAUUUACGAAAGAAUUAGACCAAUGGAUCGAACAGCUAAAUGACUGUAAACAGUUAUCGGAAAACCAAGUGAGAACACUCUGCGAAAAGGCCAAGGAGAUUCUGACCAAGGAGUCAAACGUCCAGGAGGUGAGAUGCCCCGUCACAGUGUGUGGGGAUGUGCACGGGCAGUUCCACGACCUCAUGGAGCUGUUCAAGAUCGGAGGGAAGUCUCCCGACACCAACUACCUGUUCAUGGGCGACUACGUUGACAGAGGCUACUACUCCGUGGAGACGGUCACACUGCUCGUCACUUUAAAGGUGCGUUUUCAGGAGCGAAUCACCAUCCUGCGUGGGAACCAUGAGUCGCGACAGAUCACACAGGUGUAUGGCUUCUACGACGAAUGUCUCCGGAAGUAUGGCAACGCCAAUGUCUGGAAGUACUUCACAGAUCUCUUUGACUACCUGCCUCUCACAGCCCUGGUAGAUGGACAGAUCUUUUGUCUCCACGGGGGUCUUUCACCUUCCAUAGACACUCUGGAUCAUAUACGAGCCCUGGACCGCCUGCAAGAGGUCCCACAUGAGGGUCCCAUGUGUGACCUGUUGUGGUCAGAUCCUGAUGACCGCGGCGGUUGGGGUAUCUCUCCCCGAGGCGCCGGCUACACCUUUGGCCAGGACAUCUCUGAGACAUUCAACCAUGCCAACGGGCUCACGCUGGUGUCCCGCGCCCAUCAGCUGGUCAUGGAGGUAAGCCACGACCCCAGUCGCCGGUGCCUCGCGUCCUUAUCAGCAUCCCAGAAAUGUGCUUGUAAACCCCAGCAUGGGGUUGCAGGGCUUCUAAUUUAAAUGGGAGGAUAGGGCUGCAGAU